GAAAAUGUGGGAGUUUGUUUUAUAAAUAAGUAAAUGUGGGAAUUGUGGUUUGGAAUGGAAAUAAAGAUGGGGUUUGGAAUAUAUGAAGUAGAGGAUAAGGAAUAUGGGGUUUUGGGGUGGAUUUAAACGUACUACUCGUUAAUUCCUCGUACGUUUACGUCGAACUUACGACGUAAUCCUCGUUUAUUCCACGUAGGAGAGAACCGUCGUAAAGGACUCAUUAGGUAACGUGAAAAUAACGAGGAAAUUUAAAAAAUAAAGAAAGCGAAACCCGUUAAUUCCACGUAGGACGGAAUCGUCGUAAACACCUCGUAAGGUAAAUAGUCGUAAAUACCCUGUAAAGUAAAUGACGAAUGAGGCACUCUUUAAUUCCACGUAGGACGGAUUCGUCGUAAACACCUCGUAACAUAAAUCGUCGUAAACACCUCGUAGAGUAAAAACUAGAAAAAAAAAGAAAAAAAAGAGAGAUACCAGAUUUACAUGUGGCAAGACUUCCAGUAAUUAUAAUACUUAAGUCUCGCCCACAUAAAUUCCAAUAUCUUCUUCUCUUCCUUUUUUUCUCAAAUAUUUAUUAUUUGAAUUGGAAUUGAUUUGGGAGUAUGAUGUGAGAUAGAUAGAGUGUGAUUUGAGAGUUUGUGUGUGGGUUGAGAAGGAGAGUUACGGGUAUAUUUAUAGGGAAGCUUUCCUCGGUAAUUCCACGUAAGGUAAAUCGUCGUAAUGUCCUCGUAUCUAAUAACACGGGCCUUUGUCAUUCCUCGUAAAUUCCUCGUAGAACAAAACGUGGGCCUUUGUAGUCUGUCGCUAUUUCGUCGUAAAAAAAAAUACGGGCCUCUGUAAUUCGUCGUAAACUUACAAGGAAUUUGCGACGGUAUGUAAUCUUAUAUAUACCCCCGAGCGCUCACUCUUUCUUUCCUCUCUACUUCCUCUCCACUUCCUCUCCAUUUCCUCCCUGUUUCAUUGCAAUGGUAAGCCUCUCUAAUUACUCUCUAAUUUAGUUAGUUUAGGAUAGAUUAGGUGGAUAGUAUAGGGAAUUUAGAUAGGUUUACGGAUCUUAUGUUAUUUAGUGUUGAUUAGGUGGAUAAUGUUGGGAAAUAUACUGUUGACGAAAAUUUAAAAAAUUAAAUUUUUUUCUCAGGUUCGAAAAGGUAGACUUACUGCCCAUUAGAGAGAGAUGUUCGGUGAGCCGGGUAGUCGUUUAGACCCGUCGUCUUCUUCAGCUCCCGGUUCUUCGGGUCAGGAGACUGUCCCCGAGACUCAGUACACUCAGAGAGUCUCUGGGUCUCCUUCUUCUAGUGCACCAUCGGUUCCUCAUGUGCCUCCCCCGAUGGCUCAUCCGACGAUGCCUCCUCCUGUGCCUCCUCCGAUGGCACCUCCGGCGAUGCUCGCCAAAAUUCAUCCCGAUUUGAUGGUGCCUUCGAGUGCUCCUUACUCGCAGUACACUGUAGAGGACAUUCUCCGUCUGCCAGGCAGAGAAGGUUUACCAGUCAUCGACCCCGACCGACCGGACGGAACUUUGUGGUAUGUUACAUUAAUUUUUUUUAUUCAAUUCGUUUAAAAUUCUUUUAUAACAUUAAAAAAUAAUUUAUAUUUUAAAUUUGUUUUUUUCCAGGUUUGGGGUUGACAAUUGUCUUGCAUCGGACGUAACCGACACGAUCAAAGGUUACUUCUCCAUGCCACAUCCGAACUGGAGUAAGACGCCUCACUACGUCAGAAAGACGUGGUUCAAAAUUUACGCUGUAAGUUUCUAUUAAUUAAAUAUAUAUAUAUACUUUAAUUUUUUCAUGAUUUUUAUAAAUUUCUUUUUAAAAAACUAAUUAUUAAUUUAUAUAUUUUUUCCAACAGGAAAAAUAUCAUUGGGCUUUGGGGAUCACUGAGACGGUGAGGAAGAAGUUUGUCGCGAAGGCGAAAGUUCGCUUAUUGGACACGGUCUCCAACUGGAAGGGUGACUGGAUCGUGAAGGGGUAUGAGCGUGGCAAACCCGCUGAGCUCACCACGGAUGUGUGGGAUGGCCUCAUCCGAUAUUGGCGUCUUCCUGAUUCCAUUAGAGUCACCCAGUCUUGCUCUAACUCCCGUAACAUGGUCGAUGAGCACAGGAAUGGGCCGAUGCUUCACACUACGGGCCAAAAACCCCACGCCGGUGUCCGUUUGGAAAUGGUAACUAAAUCUUUAAUUAAAUACAAAUUUUUAUAUAUAUUUAUAAAUUUUAAUAUUCUAACUUUCUAAAAUAUUUUUUAGGCCAAAGAGACGGGACAUUUCCCGUCUCUUGUGGAACUUUACGAGAAGACCCACAAGAACAAGGCGGACAUAUUUCUAGAUGGCAAGUCCGAGCAAAUCUACAACGACUUGGUUGCUCGGGUUGAAGACCGCCAGACCCAGCUGACCCAGCAGUCCACCGAUGGAUUACCCGUCACCUUAUCCACACCUGAAGUGGAUAAGAUUUACGAGGAGGUAAAUUUCUAAAAUUUUAAAUUUUUUUAUUAUUUAUUUAAUUUUUAACUUUAAAUUUUUACUAACAAUAUUUAUUUUUUGUUUUUAAGGUUGUCCCUAAAAAAAAGGGACGGACGUUGGGGAUGGGUUCCGUCAACGAUGUUCCGAGAGCGACAUCGUCUUAUGAUCAGCGACGGAAUGAUGAAGUCUCUCAGCUGCGUAGAGAGUCCGAAGAGCUGCGUAGAGAGUCCACUGAGCUGCGUCACGAGUUGACCACGACGCGAUCUGCGUUCACAGCUCGUGUGAGUGGACUCGAGGGCUUCUUGGACGUUGUAGCGGCCACAAAUCCGGACUGAGAGAACUUUUUGAGGAACAUGCGACAACAAAAUCCUAUUCCAGGCGAGUCAACAUCCGACGACACACAUGCCGAGGAGGAUGUCGCGAGGAGGAGUGAUGAAUUCUACCGGGCAAUUCACGACGACUAGUCUUAGUUCUUUUUUAUUUGAUCGGCGGUUCUUGUAUUAUAAAUUCAAAACUUAUUUAUAUAUAAAAUAUUUUGGUUUUGAUUAUUUUAGAAUUUUAAUUUUAUUAAUAAUUUAAAUAAUUUUAAUUAGUUUUUUACUUAUAAUUUUUUAUAUUUCUGUAAAAUAACGAAACGAAGUAAAUUCGUAGCUAAUUUUGUGACUUCUUUACGUGGAAGCUUAACGAGGUUUUCACGAGGAAACGUUUAUAAGGAAUUAACGUGGAAACUUAACGUGUUUUUUACGAGGAAAACUUUCAAGGUAUUUACGUUUACUUUACGAAUAUUUACUUUCAAGUUAUUUACGUGUGUUUUACGAGGAACACCUUUCGAAGUAUUUACGAGGAAAUAUAGCGACGUCCUUACGUGGAAGCUUUACGACGAAAUAAUCUUCUUCGCUUUUACGACGAAAUCAUUUCCUCGCUACCUUACGACGAAUUAGCGAGGAUAUAUGCGUUACGACAAACGUAUAACGACGAAACGGGUUUCCUCGCUAAUUCCUCGUAACACUGCUUUUACGACGAAGUCACGAGGAAAGCCGCUCUCGUAAAACUUGUGUUUUCUUAUAGUGUAAAUGCUAAAAACAAAUUUUAGAAUUAGGUCAAUCAAAAAAGUAAUACGAGUAGAAAACAAAAUUAAUUGCUUCUUAUGAUUAAAUGAGAAUAAUUUUGUGCAUGGUUUUCAUUAUUUUAGAGAUAAACCUCAAAUAUACCAUUUAAAUAAAUAAAAAGAUCAAUUUUUGUAUCAAAUUUCCUAAGAGGAUUCAAACCGAAACUCUAGAUCUCAAUUUCUAAACAUUUUUUAACUGAAUAUACUAAAUCUGAUGGAACGAUAUCCCAAGAAAUAAUUAUCAGAACCGACAAAAGCAUGGUCGGGCUCGGAAAGGUGCUAAGCAAACCGGGUUCGAAACCUAACAAACUCUGAUUACCGGCUUGUGUGGCCAUGCAACACGAGUAUCUAUUUUCCAUUGGGAACAACAACCGGGUCUAUCUUGUGCCGGUGGAAAAACGACCAAAGAAUUAGUCGGUUUGAUUUCUGUCCGGAUACCUUCGGUAAUAAAAACAAUAUAUAUAAAUACUAGAUCCUAAUGAUAAAAAGAGAUAUAUAGGUGACAUAUUUUCUAUAUUCCUAGAAAAACAUUGUAUCUUAAACAUCUAAUAUAUCAAAACUGUAUAUAUUCUUUUAAAAUUCAUAUGGAGCAUAAGUUGCAAAAUUGUAUGAAAAUAUAGUUUUUUCAGUAAAACUCGUCAAACUGAGCCUUAUAAGUAGAAAUAAACAUUAGAGGCUAUUACUGAUAAAAAGAAAGUCGCCAAACCCUUCCAACUUUCUCUAGGCUCUCUCUCUCUUCAAAUCGUCAUUUGCCUCUCUACUGCCGGUGCGUGAGUCGAUGGUGGAGAUGGCUUCUCCUUUUUUUAUUCUUUGUUCUUUUUGCUGGAGCUUCACUGGUUUUCUCUUGUUUGAUUAGUUAUAUUUCAGAGGCCCAAUUUAUUUUUAUUUUUAGUGGUUUGGAAGAACCGAAGCCAUACGACAUAGUAGAUGCCGAUCGUUAUUAUGUUAGAUCUCCUAUCUCGUUGCUUUUCUGGCUAAUAUUCGGGUUCGGGAUGUCAGAGGAGAUGAGACACCAUCAGAUCUAGAGUUUUAUGUGGAAGAGGGAUAGUUCUGGCAUCUCAAAAGUGUCGGUAAUUUUUCCAUGUGACUUAUUCAGUUGCUCUCUCCACGUCUUAUGGGGUAGCUGCUGAGGUCUUGUAGCUUGUCGGGGAUGCUGGGCUUAACCACCUUUGUAGGCGGUGGGGGGGGGGAGGGGGGGGGAGGGGAGGGGCUUUAGGUCGAGGCGGUAAGAAGACGACUUCACUUUAUAUGUAAAUCUAGGGUUUCUAUUCAAGUGGUUUAAUCUAGUUUUACUAAAUUGAUUCCGGUUUUUAAUUCGAAUUUUAGUUUGUAAACCCAAGAAAUUAACUGGUUUAAAGGGGAUAACUAUUAUAUUAACAGAACAUGUGAAAGUCAAUCCAGAUAUACUUAGCUCAUGGGAAGCCAAAGCCCUAACAGAUGAGAAAAAAAAAUUAAAUUAAUGCAUAUAAAAUGAAGAUGCUCAAAAGUACCAACAUAGUGUUGCCAUGAUUGGUGCAAUGUCUUGUAAGCCUUUAUUUAUUAAUAAAUAACGAAGCCAAAUUUUUUUCAUUACCUGAUUAAAAAGUCUGAAAGAUUCUUGCUUAGUGUACGGAUGACAAAAACAAUAUCACUUCUAAUCAUUAUUUAGCCAAAACUAAAGACACAAUGAACAUAUAAAAUGAGUAUACACUACAAAGACUGCGACGACCUUCCUUUUGAAUGUUUAUUUUAAAACGGAGGCAUCAUUAAAAAUUGAUAGACUUGUAAGAUAAUAUAUAAUGGAAAAUACGGCAAUGAACAAUUGUGGCGACACUAUGAACUUGGCCACUUCAGAAGGAAACCAGGACUGAUUAUACAAUGAUGACAAAGUUUCAGAAUAUUGACUAUAAAUAGAUAACAACACAUAUUAUAAGUCUCACUAACGAUAAGUUUAUUGACAAGAAAAAGAAAACACCAAGUUUAAGAAAAAGCAAGGCAAAACCGAAAUAAAUGGCAAAGAACAUCAACUCAGUCAGCAUCACCGUUCUCUUGUUCGUCCUCUUGGUGGUUUCCACCGAAAUCCUCAAGAGCGAGGCUCAAACAUUUUGCUUCGAGUGCGGACCGGUGCCGUUUCUAGGUACAAAUGCUGAUUGCUUUAACUGUUGCCAAACCAAAUACGGGAGUCCUCCUGUCGUUAGUGGCGUUGUUGAGGGAAGUGAGAAACACUGUCAUUGCUAUUGUUGAUCCUUGAAAUAACCUCAUGCAACCACCAUGUGUAACAUUUGUUUUAAAUCGGUGACAUGUCUGUUUGUUUAUGCUCAAGCUUCUUUUGAUUCCCAAUAAAACAUCAGGGGCAAAACUUAUCAUUGCUUUGCCCCAAGUUUAUGCCUAUGUUGUGUGUACUUUUGUUUCAUUAUGAAUACAAAAACUUGUUUUGUGUUUGUGUUCCUCGUUUCAGUUCCUCAUACACUCAGUCUUCUUGUCGCUAAAAAGUAUCUAUAAAUAUUGAACUGGUCUUGUUAUAUAAACUUGUUUGUGUCUUGACAUGUUCACUAGCUAGAAAAAUAAAAUUUGCUAUAUUAAAUACCAAAAUCGGUUUUCAUCCUCCAAAAGAGUUCUACAGUGAACAGACAUAUAAUUAUAUAUUCGAAAUACUAAGAAUAUGUGGAUUUUUAUUGAAUAAGGCAGUAGAUGGAAUGAUACAGUUAGGAAAAAUAAAUUUAUGCUUUUCUAGAUAGAGAGUGUAACAUUCAUUAUAUAAUUUAGUUCAUGGGGAAAAUUGGAAAUCUACCAUAUAAGAACUAAAAAAGUGUUUAUUCUUUACAAAAUUCAAUACAUACCAAAUGAUCGAUUAAUAAAUUAGUAAAUGCUAAAAAAAAUUCUAGAAUUAGGUCAAUCAAAGAAGUAAUACGAGUAGAAAACAACAUUAAUUGCUUCUUAAGAUAAAAUGAGAAUAAUUUAGUGCAUGUUUUUCAUUAUUUUAGAGAUAAACCUCAAAUAUACCAUUUAAAUAAAUAAAAAGAUUAAUUUUUGUAUCAAAUUUUCUAAGAGGAUUCAAACCGAAACUCUAAAUCUCAAUUUCUAAACAUUUUUUAAUUGAAUAUACUAAAUCUGAUGGAACGAUAUCCCUAGAAAUAAUUAUCAGAACCGACAAAAGCAUGGUCGGGCUCGGAAAGGUGCUAAGCAAACCGGGUUCGAAACCUAACAAACUCUGAUUACCGGCUUGUGUGGCCAUGCAACACGAGCAGGCCCGGCCCUGGGCUAAAGCCCGCAAAAAAAAGGCUUUAGGCGCCAGGAUUUAUAUAUAAUUUUGGGGCGCCAAAUAUAUAUAACUUGAUCAUUGUAGCUUUGUGGUUCGCAUACUUGUUUUCUAGUGCUUCAGUUAGUGGGUUCGAAUCUUAGUUUUUUACUACUUUUUGUUUUUGGAAUUUAAUAGCAAUUAAUUUGCCCAAUUUAAAGAUACGACGGUUUACUUACUAUUUCUGAUAAAUUUGGUCUCUUUUAUCUUACAUAUUAUAUUAAAUGACAUAUUAAAUAAACAAUUUAAUAAAGCAAACGGUAGUUUUUUCGGAUAGCAAACUUUAGUUAUUUAUUUUAAGUAGAAGUUCUUCUUGCCAUCUUUAUUUUCUUUUCUUUUUUUUUUAUUUUUGAAGAAAAUAGAUGUGUAAACAAGAGAGAUACUAUAACAAUGGAAUUUAAUUAUCAGCAGGUUCUUAUCAUUUCUAUGUCUCUUUUGCUCUACUUAUAUUUUUUUCCGUAAGUUCUUAUCAUUUCUACGAAUUUAUGAAAUCUGAACAAACAAAUUAUCAUAAAUUAGGUUCUAAUAUCCCGUGAGACAUUUUAUAAAGGGAAAUGAUGUUGAUCUUAACAUAACUUUAUCAUAUGUAUUGUCAUAUUAUACUGUUUAUGUUUAUUUAUUUAUUUAUAGAAAAUGCCACAAGAACAAAGAUUAGUAAUCAAUCAGUAGAAACAUUAUUUCUCAAGAAUAACAACUUUUCUGUAUGUAUUUUUUUUAUUUGAUAGCAAGUUAAUAUUUAAUAAUAUAUUGCAUUAUUUUGUUUACAUACUUAAAAUGCAGUACAAAAAGUUUAGUUAUAAGUUAUAACUUAUAAUUAGGGCAUCAAAUUUUUAAAUUGCUUUAGGCACCACGUAAGUCUGGACCGGCACUGAACACGAGUAUCUAAUUUCCAUUGCGAACAAUAACCGGUCUAUCUUGUGCCGGUGGACAAACGACCAAAGAAUUAGUCGGUUUGAUAUCAGCCCGGAUACCUUCGGUAAUAAAAACAAUAUAUAUAAAUACUAUAACCUAAUGAUAAAAAGAGAUAUAUAGGUGACAUAUUUUCUAUAUUCCUAGAAAAACAUUGAAUCUUAAACAUCUAAUACAUCAAAACUGUAUAUAUUCUUUUAAAAAUCAUAUGGAGCAUAAGUUGCAAAAUUGUAUGAAAAUAUAGUUUUUUCAAUAAACCUCGUCAAACUGAGCCUUAUACAUAGAAAUAAACAUUAGAGGCUAUUACUGAUAAAAAAAAAGUCGCCAAACCCUUCCAUCUCUCUCUAGGCUCUCUCUCUCUUCAAAUCGUCAUUUGCCUCUCUACUCCCGGUACGUGAGUCAAUGGUGGAGAUGGCUUCGCCUUUUUUUAUUAUUUGUUUUUUUGCUGGAGCUUAAGUGCUUUUCUCUUGUUUGAUUAGUUAUGUUUCAGAGGCCCAGUUUAUUUUUAUUUUUAGUGGUUUGGAAGAACCGAAGCCAUACGACAUAGUAGAUGCCGAUCCUUAUUAUGUUAGAUCUCCUAUCUUGUUGCUUUUCUGGCUAAUAUUCGGUUUCGGGACAUCAGAGGAGAUGAGACACCAUCAGGUCUAGAGUUUUAUGUGGAAGAGGGAUAGUUCUGGCAUCUCAAAAGUGUCGGUAAUUUUUCCAUGUGACUUAUUCGGUUGCUCUCCCCACGUCUUAUGGGGUAGCUGCUGAGGUGGUGUAGCUUGUCGGGGAUGCUGGGCUUAACCACCUUUGUAGGCGGUGGGGGGGGGGGGGGGGGGGGAGGGGCUUUAGGUCUAGGCGGUAAGAAGACGACUUCUCUUUAUAUGUAGAUCUAGGGUUUCUAUUCAAGUGGUUUAAUCUAGUUUUACUAAAUUGAUUCCGGUUUUUAAUUCGAAUUUUAGUUUGUAAACCCAAGAAAUUAACUGGUUUAAAAGGGAUAUCUAUUAUAUUAACAGAACAUGUGAAAGUCAAUCCAGAGAUACUUAGCUCAUGGGAAGCCAAAGCCCUAACAGAUGAGAAAAAAAUAUAUUAAAUUAAUGCAUAUAAAAUGAAGAUGCUCAAAAGUACCAACAUAGUGUUGCCAAGAUUGGUGCAAUGUCUUAUAAGCCUUUAUUUAUUAAUAAAUAACGAAGCCAAUUUUUUUUCAUUACCUGAUUAAAAAGUCUGAAAGAUUCUUGCUGAGUCUACCGAUGACAAAAACAAUAUCACUUCUAAUCAUUAUUUAGCUAAAACUAAAGAAACAAUGAACAUAUAAAAUGAGUAUACACUACAAAGACUGCGACGACCUUCCUUUUGAAUGUUUAUUUUAAAACGGAGGCAUCAUUAAAAAAUAGAUAGACUUGUAAGAUAAUAUGUAAUGGAAAAUAAGGCAGUGAACAAUUCUGGCGACACUAUGAGCUUGGGCAAACCAGAAAGAAACGAGGACUGAUUAUACAAUGAUGACAAAGUUUCAGAAUAUUGACUAUAAAUAGAUAACAACACAUAUGAUAUUUCUCACCAAUGAUAAGUUUAUUGACAAGAAAAAGAAAACACCAGGUUUAAGAAGAAGCAAAGCAAAACCGAAAAAAAUGGCAAAGAACAUCAACUCAGUCAGCAUCACCGUUCUCUUGUUCGUCCUCUUGGUGGCUUCCACCGGUAAUUUUAAGAAAAAAAUUAUCUAUCGCAUUUUGUAGUUGUAUUUUAGUUUCCUGACGCUGAUGAAUAUGUCAACAUGCAGAAAUCCUCAAGAGCAAGGCUCAAACAUUUUGCUUCGAGUGCGGACCGGUGCCGUUUCUAGGUACAAAUGCUGAUUGCUUUAACUGUUGCCAAACCAAAUACGGGAGUCCUCCAGUCGUUAGUGGGGUUGUUGAGGGAAGUGAGAAACACUGUCAUUGCUAUUGUUGAUCCUUGAAAUAACCUCAUGCAAUCACCAUGUGUAACAUUUGUUUUCAGUCCGUGACAUGUCUGUUUGUUUAUGCUCAAACUUCUUUUGCUUCCCAAUAAAACAUCAAAGGGCAAAACUUAUCACUGCUUUGCCCCAAGUUUAUGCCUAUGUUGCGUGUACUUUUGUUUCAUUAUGAAUACAAAAACUUGUUUUUUGUUUGUGUUCCUGGUUUCAGUUCUCCAUAUACUCAGUCUUCUUGUCGCUAAAAGUAUCUAUAAAUAUUGAACUGGUAUUGUUGUAUAAACUUGUUUCUGUCUUGACAUGUUCACUAGCUAGAAAAUAAAAUUUUCUAUACAUAUUACCAAAAUCUGUUUUCAUCCUCAAAAAGAGUACAAUAGUGAACAGAAAGAGAAUUAUAUUUUCAAAAAAAUGCUAAGAAUAUGUGGAUUUUUAUUGAAUAAGGCAGUAGAUGGAAUGAUACAGUUGGGAAAAAUAAUUUUAUCUUUUUCAAGAUAGAAAGUCUAACAUUUAUUAUAUAAUUUAGUUCAUUGGGGAAAUUCGAAAUCUACCAUAUAAGAACUAAAAAGACUGUUUCUUCUUUACAAAAUUCAGUACAUACCAAAUGUUCGAUUAAUAUAUUAAUAAAUGCAAAAAAUUUUUUAGAAUUAGGUCAAUCAAAAAAAGAACUACGAGUAGAAAUCACCAGUAAUUCUUACGAUAAAAUAAGAAUAAUUAAGUGCAUGUUCUCCAUCAUUUUAGAGAUGAACCUCAAAUAUACCAUUUAUAUAAACAAAAAGAAUAAUUUUUGUAUCAAAUUUCCUGAGAAUAUUCAAACGAAACUCUAAAUCUCAAAUUUUAAACAUUUUUUAAUUGAAUAUACUAAAUCUGAUGUCACUAGAAAUAAGUAUCGGAACCGACACAAGCGUGGUCGAGUGGUAUGGCGGGCUCGGAAAGGUGCUAAGCACACCGGGUUCGAAACCUACCAAACUCUGAUUUACCGGCUUGUGUGGCCAUGCAGCAGGAGCAUCCAAGUUUUUAUUGCGAACAACCGGGUCUAUCUGGCGCCGGUGGACAGACAACCAAAGAAUUAGUUGGUUUGAUUUCCACCCGGUACCGUCGGUUAUCAAAAACAGUAUAUAUAAAUACUAAAACCUAAUGAUAAAAAGAGAAAUAUAGGUUACAUAUUUCCUAUAUUCCUAGACAAACAUUGAAUCUUUACCAUCUAAUAUAUCAAAACUGUAUAUGUUUUUAAAAAAGUCAUAUGCAAAUCCAAAACAUAGCAUAAAUUCAAAAUUGUAUGAAAAUAUAGUUUUUCAUUAAAACUCGUCAUACUGAGCCAUAUAAGUAGAAAUAAACAUUAGAGGCUAUUACUGAUAAAAACAAAAGUUGCCAAACCCUUCCAUCUCUCUCUAGGCCGCGCCCUCUCUCUCUUCAAAUUGUCAUUUGCCUCUCUAGUUGAUGGCGGAGAUGGAUUGUACUUUUUAAUUCUUUAUUCUUUUUUCUGGAGCUUCACUGGUUUUCUCAUGUUUGAUUAGUUAUCUUUCUGAGGCCAAUUUUUUUUUAGUGGUUUGGAAGAACCGAAGCCAUACGACAUAGUAGCUGCCGGUCCUGGUUAUGUCAGAUCACCCAUCUUGUUGCUUUUCUGGCUUAUAUUCAGUUUUGGGACGCCGGAGGAGAUGAGACACUAUCAAAUCUAGUGUUUUAUGUGGAAGAGGGCUAGUUCUGGCAUGUCAAAAGUGUAGGUGAUUUUGCCAUGUGACUUAUUCGGUUCCUCUUUUGACGUCUUACGGGGUUUAUGCUGAGGUGGUGUAGCUUGUCUGGGAUGCUGGGCUUAACCACCUUUGUAGGCGGUUGAUCGUUAGAAGACGACUUCUCUUUAUGUGUAGAUCUAGGGAUUCCUUUCAAUUGGUUUAAUCCCGUUUUUACUAGACUGAUACCGGUUUUUCACUCGAAUUUUAAUUUGUAAACCCAAAAAUUAACUGGUUUAAAGGGGAUAACUAUUAUAUUAACAGAAAAUGUGAAAGUCUAUCCAGAGAUAUUUAGCUCAUGAGAAUUAAAACUCUAGAAGAUGAGAAAAAAAAAUUAAAUUAAUGCAUAUGAAAUGAAGAUGAUCAAAAGUACCAACAUAGUGUUGCCAUGAUUGGUGCAAUGUCUUAUAAGCCUUUAUUUAUAAAUGAAUAACGAAGCCAGAUUUUUUUCAUUACCUGAUUAAAAUGUCCUAAAGAUUCUUGCUGAGUCUACCGAUGACAAAAACAAUAUCACUUUUAAUCAUUAUUCUGCUAAACCUAAAGAAACAAUGAACAUAUAAAAUGAGUAUGCACUACAAAGACAGCGAGGACCUUUUUUUUGCUGAUUAUUUCAAAACGGAGGCAUCAUUAAAAAAUAGAUAGACUUGUAAGAUAAUAUGUAAUGGAAAAUAAGGCAGUGAACAAUUCUGGCGACACUAUGAGCUUGGGCAAACCAGAAAGAAACGAGGACUGAUUAUACAAUGAUGACAAAGUUUCAGAAUAUUGACUAUAAAUAGAUAACAACACAUAUGAUAUGUCUCACCAACGAUAAGUUUAUUGACAAGAAAAAGAAAACACCAGGUUUAAGAAAAAACAAGGCAAAACCGAAAGAAAUGGCAAAGAACAUCAACUCAGUCAGCAUCACCGUUCUCUUGUUCGUUCUCUUGGUGGCUUCCACCGGUAAUUUUAAGAAAAAAAAUUAUCUAUCGCAUUUUGUAGUUGUAUUUUAGUUUUCUGACACUGAUGAAUAUGUCAACAUGCAGAAAUCCUCAAGAGCGAGGCUCAAACAUUUUGCUUCGAGUGCGGACCGGUGCCGUUUCUAGGUACAAAUGCUGAUUGCUUUAACUGUUGCAAAACCAAAUACGGGAGUCCUCCAGUCGUUAGUGGCGUUGUUGAGGGAAGUGAGAAACACUGUCACUGCUAUUGUUGAUCCUUGAAAUAACCUCAUGCAAUCACCAUGUGUAACAUUUGUUUUAAAUCGGUGACAUGUCUGUUUGUUUAUUCUCAAGCUUCUUUUGCUUCCCAAUAAAACAUCAAGGGCAAAACUUAUCAUUGCUUUGCCCCAAGUUUAUGCCUAUGUUGUGUGUACUUUUGUUUCAUUAUGAAUACAAAAAGUUGUUUUGUGUUUGUGUUCCUCGUUUCAGUUCCUCAUACACUCAGUCUUCUUGUCGCUAAAAAGUAUCUAUAAAUAUUGAACUUGUCUUGUUGUAUAAACUUGUUUGUGUCUUGACAUGUUCACUAGCUAGAAAAAUAAAAUUUGCUAUAUUAAAUACCAAAAUCGGUUUUCAUCCUCAAAAAGAGUUCUAUAGUGAACAGAAAUAUAAUUAUAUAUUCAAAAUACUAAGAAUAUGUGGAUUUUUAUUGAAUAAGGCAGUAGAUGGAAUGAUACAGUUAGGAAAAAUAAUUUUAUGUUUUUCUAGAUAGAGAGUGUAACAUUCAUCAUAUAAUUUAGCUCAUGGGGAAAAUUCGAAAUCUACCAUAUAAGAACUAAAAAAAAGUGUUUAUUCUUUACAAAAUUCGAUACAUACCACAAAUGAUCAAUUAAUAAAUUAGUAAAUGCUAAAAAAAAAUUCUAGAAUUAAGUCAAUCAAAAAAGUAAUACGAGUAGAAAACAACAAUAAUUGCUUCUUAAGAUAAAAUGAGAAUAAUUUAGUGCAUGUUUUUCAUUAUUUUAGAGAUAAACGUAAAAUAUACCAUUUAAAUAAAUAAAAAGAUUUAUUUUUGUAUCAAAUUUCCUAAGAGGAUUCAAAGCGAAACUCUAAAUCUCAAUUUCUAAACAUUUUUUAAUUGAAUAUUCUAAAUCUGAUAGAACGAUAUCCCAAGAAAUAAUUAUCAGAACCGACAAAAGCAUGGUCGGGCUCGGAAAGGUGCUAAGCAAACCAGGUUCGAAACCUAACAAACUGAUUACCGGCUUGUGUGGCCAUGCAACACGAGUAUCUAAUUUCCAUUGUGACCAACAACCGGGUCUAUCUUGUGCUGGUGGACAAACGACUAAAGAAUUUGUCGGUUUGAUUUCUGCCCGGAUACCUUCGGUAAUAAAAAAAAUAUAUGUAAAUACUAGAACCUAAUGAUAAAAGAGAUAUAUAUAGGUGACAUUUUGUCUAUAUUCCUAGAAAAACAUUGAAUCUUAAACAUCUAAUAUAUCAAAACUGUAUAUAUUCUUUUAAAAAUCAUAUGGAGCAUAAGUUGCAAAAUUGUAUGAAAAUAUAGUUUUUUCAAUAAAGCUUGUCAAACUGAGCCUUAUAAGUAGAAAUAAACAUUAGAGGCUAUUACUGAUAAAAAGAAAGUCGCCAAACCGUUCCAUCUCUCUCUAGGCUCUUUCUCUCUCUCUUCAAAUCGUCAUUUGCCUCUCUACUGCCGGUGCGUGAGUCGAUGGUGGAGAUGGCUUCUCCUUUUUUUAUACUUUGUUCUUUUUGCUGGAGCUUCACUGGUUUUUUCUUGUUUGAUUAGUUAUGUUUCAGAGGCCUAGUUUAUUUUUAUUUUUAGUUGCUUGAAAGAACCGAAGCCAUAAGAAAUAGUAGAUGCUGAUCCUUAUUAUGUUAGAUCUCCUAUCUCGUUGCUUUUCUGGCUAAUAUUCGGUUUCGGGACGUCAGAGGAGAUGAGACACCAUCAGAUCUAGAGUUUUAUGUGGAAGAGGGAUAGCUCUGGCAUGUAAGAAGACGGUAAGAGGCUUUAGGUCGAGGCGGUAAGAAGACGUUUUUUUAUAUGUAGAUCUAGGGUUUCUAUUCAAGUGGUUUAAUCUAGGUUUUACUAAAUUGAUUCCGGUUUUUAAUUCGAAUUUUAGUUUGUAAACCCAAGAAAUUAACUGGUUUAAAGGGGAUAACUAUUAUAUUAACAGAACAUGUGAAAGUCAAUCCAGAGAUACUUAGCUCAUGGGAAGCCAAAGCCCUAACAGAUGAGAAAAAAAAAAUUAAACUAAUGCAUAUAAAAUGAAGAUGCUCAAAAGUACCAACAUAGUGUUGCCAUGAUUGGUGCAAUGUCUUAUAUGCCUUUAUUUAUUAAUAAAUAACGAAGCCAAUUUUUGUUCAUUACCUGAUUAAAAAGUCCGAAAGAUUCUUGCUGAGUCUAACGAUGACAAAAAUAAUAUCACUUCUAAUCAUUAUUUAGCUAAAUCUAAAGAAACAAUGAACAUAUAAAACGAGUAUACACUACAAAGACUGCGACGACCUUCCUUUUGAAUGUUUAUUUUAAAACGGAGACAUCAUUAAAAAAUAGAUAGACUUGUAAGAUAAUAUGUAAUGGAAAAUAAGGCAGUGAACAAUUCUGGCGACACUAUGAGCUUGGGAAAACCAGAAAGAAACGAGGAGUGAUUAUACAAUGAUGACAAAGUUUCAGAAUAUUGACUAUAAAUAGAUAACAACACAUAUGAUAUUACUCACCAACGAUAAGUUUAUUGACAAGAAAAAGAAAACAACAGGUUUAAGAAAAA